CCGUCUGUAAACAAGAUGGCGGCUCCUGCCUCAAGCCUCAAAAUGGGCGGGGUUUAAAACUGUGUUCAAGCUAAACCAUGACAUCUCCUCUCUCCUCUCUGGGGAAGAUUCGCCGAAUGCCACUUCAGCUGCAGACAGCGGGGAAAAGGGCUGUGCCAUUCAAAGAGAGUAUCCAGAAUGAUGAUGAAGCUGCUAUGAUGGAUGAAAUCCUGGGACCAGGAGCUCAAAUUCCAGUACAAGUCAACACACCUUCCUGUUCAGAUGGAACAACGGCAAAUCCAGCUACACUUGGGGCUGCUCCCACCGACAUGGAGCUGAUGACCUCCAUGAUGCAGAAGAUUGCUUCUUUGGAACACAAAGUCAAGAACCAAGCGCAAACGAUCCAGCAGAAGAAUAAGAAGAUCAGUGAGUUUGAGGCACAAAUAAAAAUCCUUCAGAAAGAAAAAGAUCAAUCUUCAGGGUUGAGCAGAGCUGAGGAACUGGAAGUGUUAUGCCUUGAACUGCAACGACAGAUCUGGGAAAUGGAGCGGUUUCUGAAUGACUAUGGAUUGAUCUGGGUUGGAGAAGGGACACAUUCUCUGGAAGAGCUGGACUCCUCAAAGCAAGAAGGGAGCGCUCCAUCAAGAGCGUUCUGGAAGCCAGGUGAUGCCGUCAUUUCAGAAACCUCGAUCAAUUUUGAUUUAAUUUUCAAAAACCUGAAAGAUCUCAACGCGCUGGCUGGGGAGGGCGUGUCCAAAAUUGAGCACACGGCAGGGGGUGCCCGGCUGAGGCAGAUGGACUCCAUCCCCCUCACCUUCUAUCAGAACGGGAUCGUCAUGUUCAACGGACCCUUCCGUUCAUAUGAGGCGCCUUCCACGCAGCAAUGCCUGCGAGAUAUCAUGGACGGCUACUUCCCUUCUGAGCUGCAGAGGCGCUACCCAGAUGGGGUCCCAUUUCAGGUCACCGACAAGAGAGAUGUCUUCUUCCAGGAAAGGCAGCUACCAGAGAGUUUUCCCGGCCUGGGCCACAUGGUUGGACAUUCAAAGCCAAGCGGAAUAAAGGAGACAAAUGAGAUCCCGGGUCCUAAGCUGACUGCAGAGCAGUUUUUGAACAAGCUUCCACAGUCCCUGAUCCAAGAUGGGCAUGUGAUCGAUAUCCGGGGAGAAGUAAAAAAAAACCUGCAGGGCUUGGGUGGAACACGAAGCCAUGAAGUGGUUCUGGUGGAGACGCCCAGCCUUGCAGCAAUGAAGAAGAGGUUGGUUGGGGACAAGAAAAAGGAAGCACCUGACCCCAGCGUCGCAACUCUUCGGAUAAAAUCGGAGAACGGAGAGAAGACGUACAUCAUCAAAAUGUCAUUCACGGAGACUGUGGGAGACCUGCGCCGGCAUCUGGCCCGGAGCAGGGGAAGAGAGGUGAAACCGUACGAGAUCCUCAGCACUUUCCCCAGCCGGGUGUAUAACGACGACUCUAUGACCCUGGAGGAAUGCGGGCUGGUCCCCAACGCCGCCCUUCUGCUGCGGAAAAAGCCCCCCUUGAAAAAAAUCGCAAGGGCAACAAGUGUAAACGGUCCACAGUGAAUGUUUCAUCAGGCUUGGUGGCCGCUCAGACGGAAAGUCGUGUGCCUUCUUCUCCUUCCUCCGGACAGUGUCUGCUGUCAGCAAGAGAAAGGGCAUGCUCAGAUAGAACUAGGCCAGGUCCAAGGCAGAAACAGGUGAAGGCUUGCCUUUCCACCUACAUGGGCUCCAACCUGCCUUCACGGCUAUUCUCAAAUCCAUAGGUAAACAAGGGAGAGGAAAUUAAGUGUGUUGCAGUCAGGACACAGAGCAUAGAU